AUGCUUGCUAGUACUCUCCGACGUACGCAGCAUACGCCCACUCGCGCGUUCAUUCGACAUGCUGCCAACAAUGCUGGUCAUAAAACCUCAAAGAAACCUCCAGCAAAACCUCCAGCAAAACCCCUGGCAGAUGAUUCGUCCACAAAGCCCUUUCAGGCUCCUUCAAGCCCACCAAUGUUUCACCUAAUCCCGCCUCUGCAGAGGCCCCUGGGCGUCCCAGAUGUCCCUACCACAGCCGUCAAGACCUGGUCGGAGAUGAGUGCUGAUAUGCUUAACCAAGAGAAGCAACUGGCGAAGAGACGGCAUCUUCUCUUCUCUGAAAUGCCACCUCGAAGAGUCAAGCAGGCAUCCACCGGAUAUUUCUAUGACCUUCAUAUGACAAGGGUGCAUGGAGGGAAGACAUGGAUGGCACCGGGUGUGUUGAUCAGACAGGAUAAAGCUUUGUACUUCCCAGACAUUGUAGGGACGAAGUUGGAUGAUGGCGUCCAGACACACACUACUAACAUUUGCUCUGGUCGUAUAUCUGUGAUCGCGAUGCUCUCAACAAAAAUCUCUGAGCAACACGCCGCUUCGUACACAACUCGCGUCAAUGAGAUGUAUCGCAAUCAUCCAUCUUACCAGUACAUCCAAAUUAAUCUUCAAGAAAACUUUCUGAAGUCAUUGCUGGUCAACAUGUUCCUCUCGUCACUGCGUGGCCAGGUCCCGCCUCACCUCCAAACAACAUACCUCAUCUCGCGACAAAACAUGGAAUACGUACGCGAACAGCUAGGAAUGGUAAACUCACGCAUUGGAUACGUGUACCUGGUGGACGAGCAGUUGAAGGUGCGGUGGGCUGCCUCCGCAGAUGCGAAGACGGAAGAGGAGGAAGCUUUGAUUCGGGGCGUCGGCGUGCUGCUUAACAGAAGAAAGCACCCCAAGAAGGCCCCGGUCGAUGAUCACUGA